AAUAAAAAGUGUACUUUGUAACUAGUCGCGCAAAUCAUAAGAAAAGGCACAUUUAUAAGAUCGUAUUAUGUAAAGAAUCAUAUUGCGUUGUCUUUAUUUCUCACUUCAAGCUGGAGGAAUAGAAAACAGGUUAAGCCAUCUAUGUUAUAGUGAUGUAUGUACUCAUGACCACGGCACAGGGAAAGAAUAAAGCAAUUUGGAAAACUGCCUAUGUCACUACGUAACUUAGCCAUCGCAGCUUUUCAUCUUAAAAUACAAAAAAAUGGCCAAUACGUCUGUAUGUAACGACACUUCUGAAGCAAUAGAGCUGUACGAGCCACAAGGAUUGUAUCUGAAACCUGUGGCCAAGAUUAAUAUAUGUGCACAACUUCCACAGCUGAAGACGCCAGGUAAAACCAUUACCAGCUGGGAAGUCAUUGAAAAGGUUAAGCACAUGAUACGCCCAGAAGUUUUUCUCUCAGUCAAAGUUGUGAAAAGUACAAUGGAUUUUAUUCGUCUGGAAGGAGAAAUUGAAAACAAAAGUAAACUGCCAUUGUUGGUGAUGAAACUGGACAACAAAACAAUAAAAUUAAGUGGCUUUACAGAGACAUUAAAGGUGCGAGCUGCAGAAGCUAAGAUAGCAUUUCCUGUUCGCCAUGACUGGGAUUCUUACUUUCGUGAUGCCAGAAAUAUGAAUGAGUUAAAGUCAGGUGAACGACCAGACACAAUCCAUCUCAAAGAUCUUCCAACACGCUGGUUUAUGCUGAAAUCUGAUAAAGAAAAAGCCACCAAAUUUGAUGAGGAAAAGCUAAAACCAGCUGAAGAUGUUUUAAGACAAGUGUUUGGAACAUUUGGUGAAGUGCGUUUUGUAGAUAUUCCCAUUAACGAUCCAUACAGAAAGGAAAUAAUGGGUGUUCUUGCCAAACCUGGAACAAUCCAGACGUUCACUUAUGGCCAAGAUUUGACCUUUGAAGCAUAUGUGCAGUUCAAAGAGUAUAUAAGUUUUGUAAAGGCUAUGGAUUCACUACGUGGUAUGAAGCUGUUAUAUAAAGAAGAGGAUGGCAAAGCUUUGACUGCUAACAUUAAAGUUGAUUUUGACAAGACCAAACAUCUGUCUGACAAAAUGAUUCGCAAACGUCGAACAGAGCGAGAGAAGCUGGAAGAGUUGGAAAAGAUGCGACUAGAACAGGCAAAGCUGGAGAAAGAGGAAGAACUGAGAAUAGCAGAAUUGGAACGCCAACGUAAACUAGAAUUAGAGAGGGAACGACAGCGUAGGAAAGAAGAGCGACUGCAGAAAAAAGAACAAAGACGUAGGGAGAGGGAGGAGAGGCGGCGCCAGAAACUUCUGGAACAGCAGCAGCGAGAGGAAGAAGAACGCAUGCAGCUGAAGAUUGCUCUUGAAGAAAGGAGGCUUUUAAUUGCUCAGCGUAAACUUGAGUCCCUGAGAGUACUUUCUGAGUUGUUUGAAAGAGUUAAGGAUGCAAAAAUGGAAGAGGAAGUUGCUGAAAAGAAGAAGGAAUUAGAGGAGGAACAGAGACAAAAAGCCCUGGAAGAACAGAGGCGCCGCCUAGAAGAAGAACGUCAGAAAGCAGAGGCGAAAAUCCAGAAGAAACUGCAGAUGAGACAGCAUGAAGUGGAGCUGCGGGAGAAAAUUUUGAAGAAUGUGCAGGCUAAAGAACAGCAAGAACAGGAAAAGAAACGAGAAGAGCUCCGACAAAAACUUUCAGGAACUCGUCGUCUCAAAAGUGCUGUUAUUAUGAAACAGCGUUUGGGUUCCAUCAUUCAUAAUCAUGAUAAUAAAGAAGAUCUGCAGCCAGCAAAGAAAAAAGAUGAAGAAGAUAAAAAAGUAUAUGUCAUGAAUGAGGAUAAGAGUGACGAGAAAGAUCAUAAAUCAAAGUUUGAACUCGCUUCAUCUUAUGAUUCAGAUGAGGCAGAAAAAAGAAAAAAACCAAGUGCCUUGGAGCGUGUUUUGAAAAAUAACCGGCUGCGAGCCUGGGGAGGAGCUUCUGAUGAUGAGUCUGAUUCUCGACAGAAAAAAGUCCUCGCAGAGGUUGUAGCUCCUAAAAAAAAGAAAAUUGAAAAAAUUCUAAUCAUCAAGAAAAUUGAAAAAGUCAGAGAUGAUGAUACAGAUUCUGCUGACUCAGCAGUUACAGUAAUUCCACCCCCAAGGUCAUCUUUUGCGCCACCAGAUGAUCCUGCUGCCCAGCACCCUUUCUUGGGCCCACCUCCUUCAGCAAUUCCAUUUCCCUCUUCCUGGCUGCCUUUUCCACCGCCUCCUGUUAUGAUUCCUCCUGCAUGGGGAUGCCAUCCCUUACCCCCAGCAUUGAUGAGGAGAAAAGACAGGGAAUACCACCCUUCCUCACAAUCGCAUUGGUCUACACAGCAAAGGUCUUUGGUUCCUUCACCUGCCAGGAGUCGCAAAAACUUUCACACAUUCAAGCAACCUUAUUUGAAGAAGUAUAAUUACAGACGAGGCAGUGGCAACAGCAGUGGUAACGCCAGGAGCAGCAGACGCAGUGAAUCCUAUAAAUCCCAGAAACUGUCCACGAAAAAGGAUCUUGAUGGACGUUUUAUGUAUCCCCUGUCUUGAAGACUGGCAGAGCAUCUAGUUCCCACACAUUUUAAUUAUGUUCUUUAUUCUUUUUCUGUUUCACUUUUGUUUCAUUAAGUAUGAAGAAAUAUAAUUACAAAUAAUUAAGCACAGAAAGCUGUCCAUUUUACUCUUGUUCCUUUACCAGUAAUCAGAUUUAAGUAUUUUAAGGCCAAACAUACAUAAAUAAUUGUGAAUGAAAAAGACUAAUUUGGGUAAAAUAGCUUUUUACAACUGCUGUUAAUUUAAUUCAUAUUUUGUGUAUUAUUGGCUGCAGUCACCUGCAUCAAGUUUUUCUCACUUUUUUCCCUGUCACUUCCUGUCUUUACAGCCUAAGGUCAAGACUGAGAUGAGUUAAAGGUACACAUUUCAAAAUCUGGAUUGAAAUAAGAAUGAAUGGACCAGACCUGGUGCUUUUGCUAUGAACUGGUUGCUCAUGGAGCUAUCUCACUCAGAAAAUGUUGCCCUACACAGUUUCUUGCAUUGUAUCUGGUUUUGCGUGUAAAUUGAUCCAUUUUAUAUGUUCAGCUCUUUAUCGGUCCAGGUACCACGUUUUAUUUUCUACCAACAAGAGUCAAAAAUAUAGUAAACCAUUUCAUUUGUAAUAUGCUGUUGCACAUCUUAAAGAUUAAUCACUUCAACAGAAAUAGCAAUGCUUUCUAAUUGAGUUUAUAUAAUUUUUCAAAUCUUGUUCCUGGAAAAGUUAAGAUUGUGAACAGUAUAUAUCUUCUUGUGCUUUCAUAUAUUAAUCUGAGUUUUUUAAUUAAGUGUACAUUAAAUGUUUAUGUUCCUUUUUUUAAUCUAAAAAAAAAUUUAAUGGAGCAUUUGGCAUAUAUGAUAUACCUGUCUUUAAGAUUUUAAAUGACACAUUACCUCAGUAGUAAGGCAGUAACAAUACAGACAAGACAUGAAUAAGAAUGAUUCAUUACGUGACUUGACUGGGCCUUUGUAAACUUGAUCGAGCAGCUUAUAUUACAACUUCCUUUACCUUGAUGUUUGUGGUAGAACAAACAGCUUUAUCACACAUAAAUGAAAGUUUUAGUAAAAUUUUUAUUUUUAAAUCUGUCUAUGGGUCACAUAGGCCAAUGCAGGAAAAAUGUGUGCACCUGUAUUUUGCAUGUGCAUGUAUUUGUAGGGGAAGAGGGUAAUAAUCUUCUCUUAGCACAUUGCCAUUGUUUCAAGUCAUCGGUCAUCAGCUUUGAACCAAAUUCAAUAGUGUGAUUAAAAAAUAAUAAAAUUAUUUGUUAUGAACAAAUAAGUUUUUGUAGUUUAUCCAAUCUGUUUUGUUCAGAUCUCCCAUUUUCUGUACAUCGUGGAAAGCAGGAGUUAAAAAAUAGUUUGACAUAUAAAAUUUAUAUUUGAUUGUUCUGUUAUCUGUACAUUUCAUUGUUGCUAUCAACAGAUUGCAAACUGUCAGUGGUGGCUGUUUGUUUUCACUUGUGAUAUCUUAGGAAUUGUGUUCUGUAUUGAUGAGCCAUAUCUUUGUUUAGUAGAAAUGUUUACAUUAACAAAGAAUAUAUUUUCCACUCACCAUUAGAAACACGAAACCUUUUGAUAUGGAAUGGUUUUUUUUUUUCUGGGUGAAUUGACUGUAAUUGCAGAGGUUUCAUACCAGUAAAUGUUGAAGGCAGCUAUUGUCUUUGUGAAUUGUGAAGCAAGGAAAACAUACUGAAGCCAGUCUAACGUGACUAAUCAUAUUCAUUGAAUAAAAGAGGUAAUUGAGAA